CAUCUCUCUCUUGUCUAUUCCUGACUUGUGUGGACUUGACGUCUUUCUCAGACUUGUCAUGGCUUCUCCUCGACUGGAGACAUUCUGUUGCCCCAAUAGGGACCUAGCCACUGAAUUAGUCCUGGACUACCAGCCUCAAGUAUUUGGUUCCUUGUGCAUAGGCAGUGGGUUAGUUAGCAUGCUUUUGACCAUUCUACAGCUUCUUCCAAAAACCAAACAAGGCUACCGGAAACUGGGAAGAUUCACUCUGCCCAAACCAUCCUCGUCCAGAAUUCUUCUUCUAGUUGUCAUCUGUGACAUGCUGGGCUGUUUAGGGAUUGUAUUGAGAUCAAUAGUAUGGAUAUCGUCUCCAGCUUUCAUUGGGAAUAUGUCUAUAUUGAAUACAACAGAUAUCUGGCCUACAGCCUUUUGUGUUGGAAGCGGGAUGUGGAUACAGCUUUUUUAUAGUGCUAGUUUUUGGUGGUUGUUUUGCUAUGCCAUUGAUGCCUAUCUGGUGGUUCGAAGAUCAGCAGGAAUAAGCACGAUUGUCCUGUAUCAUAUGAUGACAUGGGGCUUGGCAAUCCUACUUUGCAUUGAAGGUGUUGCAAUGCUUUACUAUCCUUCUGUAUCCAACUGUGAAAAUGGAUUGGAACAUGCCAUUCCUCACUAUGUCACCACAUAUGCUCCUCUCCUGCUUGUUUUGAUUGUGAAUCCGGUCUUGUUUGCAAGGACGGUAUCAGCAGUUGCCUCUCUACUAAAGGGAAGAUCUGGAAUUUAUACCGAAAAUGAAAGACGUUUGGGUACAGAAAUUCAGAUCCGUUUUUUCAAGAUCAUGCUGGUGUUCGUCAUCUGUUGGGCAGCCAAUAUCAUCAAUGAGUGCCUUUUGUUCUAUCUGGAAAUGCAACCAGAUAUCAAUGGAGUGCUGCUGAAAAAUGUGAGGAAUGCCGUACUCAUCACAUGGUUCAUAAUGGGAAUACUGAAUCCUAUGCAAGGCUUCCUCUUUACACUAGCUUUCUAUGGAUGGACAGGAUGUCAUAUAGACUUCAAAUUUAAUCAAAAGGAAAUAGUUUGGGAGCCGAUAUCUACAUCAACUGUUGGUGAACCAACGCACAAUGGUCAUAUUACUUCCUUCCUGAACUAUCCUGGUUACAUCCAGAACCCAAACAAGACUGAUUUGGAAAAUAGCCAUCAAACUGAUGAAGCACUUGGCAUGCUCUCUGAAGGUUCUGAUGAUAGCACAAUUGAAAUCCACAUAUCAAACGAACUGCCAGACUUAGAUGACAUUGAGGCUGAUGAUGAAUCCAUGGACAACAAUGAAGUCCCAAAACGUGUGAAAUGAGCACCCAAACAGACCAGCCUCUGGAUAAAUAUGCAAACUGUUGUACAUUGUUCUUUAUGUAAAAAAGAAAAAAGAAAAUGAAUAUAAUAAAAGAAGACAUUGAAAAUCUGA